AUGCACCCAUCAGCGCAAACACCUCACCACGCCCCGUCUGGUUUGCUUGUCAUCAAUGUAGUUGAGGGUAGCGAUAUUAGUCUGCCGUCUGGUAUAAAAGUUCCGCAAAUUCCUCAACAGUUUACCACACCUCACACCAGCAACACACGCGGGAACAGGGACAGUUUGCAGAGGAAACAGUGCUGGUGGUUGCCAUACGUCGUACUGGAAUUCGAUAAAAAUGAAGUGUUGAUUGAUGCGCUGGGUGGUGAAGUGCACAAUCCUAUUUGGCGUUAUCGUGCCCAUUUUGACGUUUCCCGUGAAUCAGAUGUCUCAAUACAAAUAUAUCUUCGUAAAGCUACUCAAACCGGUCAACACACUAAUGAUAUGGGUAAUGAUGUAUUUUUGGGUGGUAUUAAAAUCCAACCCAAUUUCGCUCUCGUUAAUAAAAUGCAAGAAAAAUGGUAUAAACUCUCAGGCGGCACUGGCAAUCUGCAUGUACAAAUAGUCUAUAAAAAAGAUACCGCAAACACACCUUUGACGAUUGACGCCUUUGAUUUGUUGAAAGUCAUCGGAAAGGGCAGUUUCGGCAAGGUUAUGCAAGUACGAAAACGUGAUACAUCUCGUAUCUACGCAUUAAAAACCAUUCGAAAAGCUCACAUCGUAUCUCGUUCAGAAGUCAAUCAUACCCUCGCUGAACGUACCGUCUUGGCACAGAUUAACAAUCCGUUUAUCGUGCCUCUAAAGUUUUCCUUUCAAAGCCCGGAGAAACUGUAUCUCGUUUUAGCUUUUGUUAAUGGUGGAGAAUUGUUCCAUCAUUUGCAGCGGGAAGGACGAUUUGAUGAAGUGCGAUCAAGAUUCUAUGCAGCCGAAUUACUUUGUGCAUUGGAAUGUUUACAUGAUUUCAAUGUGGUUUAUCGGGAUUUAAAACCAGAAAAUAUUCUUUUAGAUUAUACUGGUCAUAUUGCUUUAUGUGAUUUUGGUCUUUGUAAACUAAAUAUGACUGAAUCAGAGACAACCAAUACUUUCUGUGGGACACCUGAAUAUCUUGCCCCUGAACUUUUGCUAGGACAAGGAUACACAAAGACUGUCGAUUGGUGGACAUUAGGUGUCCUGUUAUUUGAAAUGUUAACCGGUUUACCACCGUAUUAUGAUGAGAACACCAACGAAAUGUACCGGAAAAUUUUGCAGGAUGAACUCAGAUUCCCCGAUGAAGUUGGAACUGAAGCAAGAAGUUUAUUGAUGGGGCUUUUAACCAGAGAUCCUAGUCAACGUCUUGGGAAUAACGGUGCUCAAUAUAUUAAGGAUCAUCUAUUCUUUGCCUCUAUUGAUUGGAGAAGAUUAAUCCAAAAAAAGGUGCAACCACCAUUCAAGCCGAGUGUGGAAUCCGCUAUCGACACUUCAAACUUUGACGAAGAAUUCACAUCAGAACCACCUUUAGAUUCUGUAGUCGAAGAUUCAACUCUGUCAGAAACAAUACAAAAACAGUUUGCCGGGUUCACAUAUAACCCACAUGAGAAUGGAGUGAUGAGUGAGAGUUUGGCAAAUUCUAUUGGUGGACUUUAA